AAACAAAUUCUUAGUCUAAUAAAAAUAUUUCCAUAUUCUAUUAAACAAACAAAAAAACAGGGCAAGCAGAUGGUCUUAAGUACAAGUUUGCAUUGUGUGCAACACAAAAAAAAGUUUCUGGACCGAGAACCUAAAAGUGAAACUGACCAUAAGGAAAAGAGAAAUUGACUUAAUUGAAUUUAUGUUCCAGUACUCUGAUGCUAUGCUGAGCUUAGUAUAAAUAUUGGGAGAAUGCAGAAAUGGAGAAAGUGAACAGCAUAAAUAGAGAACAGUAAACUAGAUUUUAAAAAUUCUUUCAGCUUUAAUAAUCUUAGGUCAUGGUGGCAAGAGAGGUGCAGUUAUUUGUUAGCGCAGUUCAUUUUUAAGGAAAAAGUCAGUGUUCCUGCAAUCUGAUCAUAGGUAAUUCUGAUCUUUAGUAAUGUCCAAUACUCAGUUUGCUGCUCAGGGAUUACUUUUGUUUACUGGACUAUUGUCACAAGACUGUAAUACUCCAUGAAAAAUAAAUACCAUGUUUACUUCUCAUGACACAUACUUAGCACUUUAUUAAACCUGUUUUCAAAGACUCUCACAACUCUUUGUGAACCACUACUUUGGAGCCAUUCUCUUCUCUGCCUGCACCAACACCCGUGUAUCGUAAGUGGCGGUGCCCAUUUUGCUAAUGUAUCAAUUGGCUCUCCAACGGUCACUCAGUGAGUCAAUAACAGAGUCCAGAAUAGAUCCUGGGUGUCAAAUUCACAGCUAAUAUAAGUGGUAUCUGAAAUCAGUGCAGCUGCAGCCACCUCUGCUAGUGGUAAAUUUAACCUUGGGCUCCUGACUCCCAGCCUUAUGCACGAACGCUGACACUGUCAGCUCAAAUGGGGCAGCCUGGCUUUACUAACUUCACUGUUUUGAAGCUUUCUUCAUCAAAUAAUCCAUUUAAGAUGCUUGCCUGGAUGUGUGCAACGUUCUUCGUGCCAUCAUCCUGCCUCAUGGAAGGCUGGCUUAUGACAUCAUAAUUGUUUCACAGUAGCAAGUGUUAUGGAAACUUUAGAGACUUAAUUGAGCCAUGGAGGGAAGUGAAGAACCAGGUCACCUCCCUGCAGAUACAAAAUGUCUGCUGUCCUAUUUGAAAGGAAAAUAGCCAAGCAUAUAAAUUGUUAUAUUAAAAUAUUUACCAGUUUGCCUUUUAACUCUUGGUGUUCUGAUGGCAAUGAGGUCAAAAGCUUAUCUUUGUGAUCUUGGAGAUUUGGGGAAUGCUUUAAAUUUCAGGGUACAAAUAUGUAAGACAGUACUCCUCACGUACAUGCGUUUCACUUCAAGUCCUUGUUCUUGGAGGAUUUCACGUAUGUGGGGAAUUAGUUCACAAAGAUUCUGCUGCUGGAAUUUCAGUAUUACGUAGGAUGAACACUUAUGAAGAAUGAUUUGCACUUGUUGGACUACUAACUGCCAGUGGCUUAGAAGUGGCUUAUAAAAUUGACUAUGCAGAGAUGAAAACCUUGGAAAACAGCUUAAUCUGUGGGACAUUAGCUUUUGGUUUCUAUCUGCCUUUGUUGGCAGCUUCCCUUGAGACAGUUACCAUCCCAGAGCAGCUGAAGUCAGCAGUUGCUAAGGUUUUGGUCAGCACCACAUCCUGCAGUGUCACCUGUGGCCUGGGCUUCAAGGUGGAGGAGAUAUGUCAGAUUGAUCCGCAUGGGAAAAGGAGUCAUUGUAACUUCCGCAGGUCAGACUGCCUGACCAACUGGAUCUGUGGGUUACUCCAUUUCACUGUCCCCAUUGGCAAACCAUUUAAGCUCAGCUGCCUGACCUCUGAGAUGAUUGGUGUUGGCAGCCAGGCCUUUAUCUACACCUGGAGGCUUGCCAGAGGCAUCAUCACCACAGAUGAUCUGCUUUUCAAACCUUUCAAGACCCCAAGCUAUGUCAUCAAACUUUCCCCUGCCAAGGAAUCUGAUGCAGGGACUUACAGGUGUGAUGUGCAGCUGAUGAAGACAUUCAAACUUGUCAAGAGGAUCUACUUUGGGCUUAGAGUGAUCCCUAAUGAUUUAGUGAACCUGAACUUUCAAAAAUCCUUGACUCUGGAACAGAAACUAGCAGCAAAUGAAAAGGAAGGAAACCAACAGAAUGACACCAGUGUCAUAGUACAAUGGCAUCAGCAGUCUUGGCAAAGAAGGGCCUUGUUGGUGUUCCUAAUAGGAAUUGGAAGUGGGGUAGCAGGUGGUGUGUUGGUGGGCACAAUUCUCUACUUUUUGCUGGAGGCUCGAAGGAAAAAUAGAGCCACAGAAGAGUGAACUGCUUUUUAAUGUGGUCUCUUCCGACAGAGGGCUUAUUGCAAUGCUUAUACUGUCUUAGUGGCAGUAUUUCAAACUGAUGUAGGUAUGUGAU